GUCACGUCGGUGGCGACGGCGGCUGAGGAGGGUCAGGGUGGGUGGUGGUCCCUGCGCUAUGGAGGCAGCGGCUCCAGCGGCCUCCGCCAGCACCGCCCUGGUGCCCGUUCCCGCCGCCAGCACCGCCCUCGUGGCAGGGAGGGACGCGGCCCCAACGGCACCCAAGGGCGCGAAGAAGAUCCUGGAUGAGGAGGCCUACAUCGAGAGUUUAGAGAAGAUCAUCCAGCGAGACUUCUUCCCGGAUGUGGAGAAGUUGCGAGCGCAGAAGGAGUACCUGGAGGCUGAAGAAAAUGGUGACUUGGAGAAAAUGAGGCAAAUUGCUAUCAAGUUUGGCUCCUCCCUGGGCAAAUCAUCGAGGGACACACCAGCACCCUAUGUUACUCCAGCCACAUUUGAAACCCCUGAAGUGCAUCCAGGUGGCCUUCCAUUGGGAAAUAAAUCCAAAGCUGGCCUGAAGGCUGCAGAGGAAGGAGAAGCAGAAAAAGAUGAUAAAGAUGCACUUCCCAGUCUGGACAGCUUCUUAGCGAAACAUACAAGCGAAGAUAAUGCGUCAUUUGAGCAGAUCAUGGAAGUGGCAAAAGAGAAGGAGAGAGUCAAGCAUGCUUGGCUCUACAGUGCAGAAGAGGAGUAUGCCCAGCGACGAAGUGAGAACCUGGCGCUUCCUUCAGCAGAACAGCAAGCUCUGGAGAAUGUGAAAGCUGGACUGGAGACCUGGGAGUACACAGCUCGGAACACCCUGAUGUAUUAUCCAACAGGUGUUCCUGAUGAGGAUGAGGUAUUUAAGAAGCCCAGGGAAGUUGUCCAUCGAAACACCCGUUUUGUGAAGGACCCUUUUAGCCAAGCUGUGAGCAAAUCACAGCUCCAACAAGCUGCAGCCCUCAAUGCUCAGUACAAACUAGGCAAAGUGGGGCCAGAUGGGAAAGAGCUGAUACCCCAAGAGUCUCCAAAAGUGAAUGGAUAUGGAUUUGUGGCUACACCCUCUCCUGCCCCUGGUGUGAAUGAGUCUCCUUUUAUGACAUGGGGUGAAAUUGAAAGCACCCCUUUGCGCCUGGAAGGGUCAGAAACACCAUAUGUGGACAGAACACCUGGACCAGCCUUCAAGAUCCUGGAGCCUGGGCGCCGUGAGAGAUUGGGACUGAAGAUGGCCAAUGAAGUGGCAGCUAAAAACCGAGCAAAGAAGCAGGAGGCACUUCGCAAAGUGACAGAAAACUUGGCCAGCCUCACUCCGAAAGGACUAAGCCCGGCAAUGUCACCAGCUUUGCAGAGACUAGUAAACAGGACUGCAAGUAAAUACACUGAUAAGGCCCUGCGAGCCAGCUAUACUCCUUCCCCAGCCCACACAGGAACUCCUGGAUACAAGACCCCAGCAAAUGGGCCUCAUACUCCCACAAGCACCCCACAGUCUAGGACAGUAUCUCAGACACCGGUUUCUCAGGAUACUACAUCUAUCACAGACAAUUUACUGCAGCUUCCAAAAAGAAGGAAGGCAUCUGAUUUCUUCUGAAUAUUCCAGCCACCAGCAAGGUGAUGGUGAAGCGACUGCUCAGCUGUUUGCAAACAGGGUGGUGCAAGCCGUUGGUAGUGAGGGCUGUCUAGAUAGAGCUGCCAGAAAGGAAGCCAGCAGUUACAAAGUCUGGGACCAGCAUUAAUCUAGACUGUAUAGAUAAAAUACAGUGUGUGUAUAUAUAUAUAUAUUUUGGAAACAGUGUCUUCUGUGGUGUAGCUCCCCUUGGAACUGCAUGGGUGGGAUGCACACAGCUGCUGUAGCAAAAGGAUGCAUCCUGCUAUGGCAGAGAAGAUUUUAUAAUUUUUUAAAGAUUUAUUUCUCUUUUUAAGAUGGCCG